UCAGUCAAUUGGAUGACAUUUGUUGGAACCACUGGGUACGCCUGGACAUCCCCGUACAUUCCAAAAUUGAGUAUAGCUUCUGAAGAAAAUCCCUUGUCAAAACCUAUCACAGUUAUUGAAAACUCUUGGAUCACCUCCCUCUUCAGUGUGGGAUGCAUCUGUGGACCCAUUAUUGCUGGAGUUUUUGUUGACAAAUUGGGAAAAAAGAAGACACUCAUUCUGUUCCAUACUCCAAUUAUGAUAUCAAAUGUUAUGUUAAUAUUUGCAAAUUCCCUGGAAGAAUUUUAUAUUUCAAGAUUUUUACUGGGAGUUGGAUCAGGUUGCGUCUAUUCUGUGAUACCUACAUACGUAGCAGAAAUAUGCGAUAAAGACAUUAGAGGAGCAAUGAGUAUGAUUUCAAGUGUAGUACUGAUAAUAUCAAUUUCUUCAGUUGUUAUAAUGGGUCCUUACCUUUCUAUCAGUACCUUUUCCAUAAUUUGCCUAAUUCCUUCAAUUUUAUUUUUACUUACAUUCGGACCAUUCAUUCCUGAAAGUCCUUAUGACUUAGUACUUCGUGGAAAAUUGGUGGAAGCAAAAAUGUCUCUUUCCAAGUUCAGACAAACAACAGAUGUGCAAAAAGAAUUUUUCGAAAUUGUGUCCAGUAUAGAGGAAACACGACAGAAUGUAUCUUUCAAAGAUAUGAUGCAGUCCAAAGUGAUUGUUAAGUCUCUCCUCAUCACUUUAGGACUACUUUUUUUUCAACAGUUUUCUGGCAGUUCGGCUAUUGUCGCUUACCAACAAACAAUUUUUGAUUCCACGGACAGUGCUAUAUCAGGAGGUGUGAGUGUUAUAAUUGUGUCCGUAGUUCAGUUGAUACCUGCGCUCAUAGCUUCAUAUUUGAUCGACAAGUUAGGAAGAAAGAAACUACUGUUGAUAUCACAAAUGGGAAUGAUAACAUCACUUGGUUGCAUUGGAACGUAUUUCCAUCUACAAGUCAAAAACUACGAUCUCAAUAGCAUAUCUUGGUUGCCUCUAAUCUCUUUGUUAGCUUACAUGGUCUUUUACAGAUUUGGGCUCAGUCCUAUUCCUUACACAAUAGUUGGUGAAAUUUUUCCGGUUCAUAUUAAGGCAAAGCUGAGCGCAUCAGUCAUUGUUAUAAUGUUCAUGUUUUGUCUCUGGGUAACUUUUGCAUUCCCUUUCAUGUUCGAUCGAUUCGGGACGGCAUGGACAUUUUGGAUAUUCGCUAUAAUUGGUGUCGCCUCAUGUAUCUUUAUAAAAGUAAUUGUGCCAGAAACUAAAGGCAAGACAUUUUCGGAGAUUCAGAUCAUGUUAGGAGAAGGUAAAAAGUAACCAAUCAAACAUUUUUCGAGAACAAGUGAUUAUGAAACGAAACUACAAACGUAAAAGACAAUUUUUUAUUAUGUUCAUGUAUUUUGUCUCUGUGAGUUAUUUGAAAUGUUAUGUUCAAAAAUUCUACCCCUGUCAUUUUUUUUUCAGAUAUCACAGUCACCUUUUAUAAUAAAAUAUUUUGUUUUUU